UCGCAUGCCCGAUUAAGAUAUCUCAAAGAGAUUUAAUUACAAUGAGCAGCCUUCGAGUGUCAUAUCAAGAAAUAUGAAUGGUUAAAAACUUGCCAUAUCGUCAUAUACAGCCGCAUUGGAAUGAAGAAAGUGAAAAGAGCGAUAUCGCAAAGCUUCAAGCGGCUGAGCGUGUUGGACGACGAUGAAUCGGAGCUAUCCAGUUAUCGACCGUCCGCCUCUCCCUUGGGCAAUGGCUACCAACCAGGGACCCGAAUAUCUUUACCGCCCAAUAGUCUCAAUAGUCUUUAUGGUAUCCCUCCCAACGAAUAUGUAUACCAGCAACCUUAUCACGGGUCCCGAGGAAACAUGCUGCACGCAUACGAGUACACCCAAAUUAAUGGCGAUAUGGGCAGAAAUAGCUUAGGUGUUCCGCUACAGAAAACACACCUUCACUCCUCCUCCAGCAGCUUUAUAGACCCACAUGAUUACAGACAGCCUCAAGUUAGCCAGCACAUUUACGGCCCCCCGAGAAUCUACGCAAAUCCACACCAACCUCAGCCAGAAUUGACAGCCUACCACGUGCACAUGGGAGGGGUGGCGUCUCAGCUGCAGCAGCAGCAGCAGCAGCCGGAGUUUCAAGACUCAAUUGAACAUAACAUGACGAGGUCAUGUAAUGAGUCAUAUUAUUAUAACCAGCAGAGACCAGAGAUGGUAGCUGUCAAUGGAAAACAGAAGCCGCCUCUGCCUCGCACUCCUUCAAAGAAGAUAUCAUUAAAAACGAAACGUGCCUUAAGCAUAGCUGAGAUAUUCUCCAUUCGCAGGAGUAAGCCGUCUGCAAAUGGCGACGGAAAGAGCAACGGACCUAUGAAGGUGCUUCAGAAGCCGAACUCUACUCAUGAAGAUAUGUUUUCCAAUAUAAUCCAAAGGGACGAUAUCAGUGGUUCCCAAUCCCACAACGCCACAAUGAACCGCACAGUUAACUCUGGAGGAAUCACGCCAAAUGGUACAGGAGGAGGUGCCUUCAUGUACCCUGCCUUCUCGAACCCAGGCCUUAAUCACACGAACACACUACCACUUCACCACCAGCAGUACAACCCAUACGCGCCUCACCAAGGGCAUCUUAAUGGCAUUAAUAACAACGUCUACCACCCUCCUCUACAACCAAUGAACAGCUCCGGAAGCAAUAUAAGUCGAGGAGAUCCGAGAAUAGAUCAGAGAAGUAUGAGGAUGGAUCCCAGAGAUCUCAGAGAUCAGCAUGUAUUUCUACAACAACAGCAGCUGCAACAACAGCAUAAUUUGACGCAUCAUCACUCCCACUCGCUAUUGAAGCAAAAGUCUUCGAUAACCAAUGGUGCUACUAAGCCAGUUGUCUACCCGCUCGCUAACCCCAAGAUGUCCAAAUCAAUCACGGCCAUGGACAAGGAAAGUAGCAUGUAUGGGCACUCCAACCACGUGUCCAACAGCAGUGAUUACACGUCAGUGACGCGUAGACCACGCAGAACUAAGUCGGGGAUUGGAGGCGUGGAGAGUGAUCCGUACUUUAAGAGGUACUCCACGCCAGCAUUUUGUUCUACGAGUAGUUUUGUGCCUAACGGUGGAAAGUAUGGGAAGAUUGAGAACUACAAGCGACUCGAGGUUCUGGGCGAGGGAUCGUACGCGACAGUGUACAAAGGAGUCAGUCUAAUGACUGGGAACGAGGUCGCGCUCAAGGAGAUACGACUGAACGAGGAGGAGGGUGCGCCCUUCACAGCCAUCCGGGAGGCCUCUCUGCUGAGGGAGUUGGUGCACGCGAACAUCGUCAAGCUACAUGACAUCAUUUACAACACCAAACAGCUCAUAUUUGUAUUCGAGUACCUGUGUACGGAUCUGAAUCAUUACUUAGAGAGAUACGGCAAUGGAGGUCUCAACCCGCACAAUGUAAAGCUAUUUCUGUUUCAACUGCUCCGUGGCUUGGCCUUCAUCCACGACAGAAAGAUCCUUCACAGGGACCUCAAACCCCAGAACCUGCUCAUCUCCCAACACGGAGAACUCAAACUAGCCGACUUUGGCCUUGCGCGUGCGAAGUCAGUGCCAACGCAGUCCUACUCGAACGAGGUGGUCACUCUGUGGUACAGACCACCCGACAUUCUCCUAGGCUCCACCCAGUACUCCACCCAGCUGGACAUGUGGGGGGUAGGGUGCAUCUUCUGCGAGAUGAUCUCGGGACUGCCCACUUUUCCUGGAGUGAAAGAUCCCAGGGACCAGCUGCUCAAGAUCUUCCGGAUUCUUGGGACCCCAGAUGAGUCCACUUGGCCUGGCGUAUCAGAGCUUCCUCUUUUCAAAGACUUCAAAAAGUAUAAAGGACACACAUUGGAGAAGAGUAUGCCAAAAAUGAUGCUAAUUCCUCAUGCCGAAGAUCUGGCUAAAUCGCUACUGAAGUGCAAUCCAAGUGAGCGGAUAUCGGCUAGAGACUCCCUGCAGUCUGCCUACUUCAAGAAACUACCCAACACUCUGUUCACGCUGCCAGAUGAGCAAUCAAUAAUGUUCGUGGAAGGAAUUAGCCUAGAAGCGGAACGCGAGGCUCCAAGAAACCUUAUGAAGACCUACUAUAAUCCAUGAAGAACCAUACCAGUCGUUCCUUCAGAUACAAAAAUGAGUCGGUUAAAAGCCUCACAAAUACUUUAAACACUGCUAGUGCGAGUCUGCUUAGAACCAGAAAUGCCGUCAAACGCUUUAAACCAAGACACGUCUUCAUUGAUCAGCAGUAACAACUUGAUGUGGGGGAUCUAUCGUAAAUUUUAUUUUUCUAUCCUCAAAAAUCCCACUUGAAAAAAAAAUCUUAUGUGGACAGUUUCAUAGAGCUACUGAGCAGGAAUGCUGAGUUUGACUAUAAUUUCAAUUUGAUUUUCAUUAAUUUUUGCACUGCUUAAUUGGAAACUUUAUGCAACCUCACCUGAAAUGCAGUCCUCAAUAUUUAGCGAAGACCAUUUAUUUAUAAUUUUGUGCAUAUUUAAUGAUCCAUCUAUCUAGUUCAAUGUGAUGAAGUUGUAGGUUAAUACAACCACCUCAUUAGAUUAAAGCAUACUUUUCAAUAUCUCAGUCGAGUCAAAGUUGUGAGUCGCUUGAUGCAGUGAUUUAAGUUUUUAAACUGAAGAUUUCUAUUUUUUCACUCUUUGCCGCCAUAGCCUUUCUCUCAUUUUGGUUUGCUCUUCUGUUCUACCCGACCCAUUUAUAAUAAAUCAGAUGUUUCUCAGUAAAUCUUACUAAUAUCAUUUCGGCUCAUUCUCAAUUGUUACCCCGAAG